AUGAUGAUAAUUCUUAAUCAACAAUUGACAAUAGCAAGAGAACGUCGUUGCCGUUGUCUAGCAAGUGAUUCGUCGUGUUGGCCAAAUGCUAGCGUUUGGCAAAUGUUUAAUGAAUCUAUUGAUGGUCGUCUCGUCAUACCUGAACCAUCAGCUGCUGUAUGUAAUGGAAGAACAUAUAAUGCUAUGGCUUGUAAUAUAGCCAAAGCACAAUGGACAAACGCGGCGUGGCGCAGUGAUCAAGUUGGUACAAUGCAAUUUCAUAAUUGGGAAAAUAGUUUAUGUUCAAUUUUUGUAAAUAGCUCAACAUGUAAUCAAGGUUCUGUACCGGUGCUGGCUGUUGACGCAAUAUUGCCUGAACACGUUCAAGCAACUGUUCGAUUUGCUGUGAUGAACAAUCUUCGCUUAGUUAUCAAAAGUACAGGACAUGAUCUUUUAGGUCGAUCAACAGCAGCUGGAUCUCUACUUUUAUGGCUUCAUCACAUGAAAAACAUGACACUGAUUGAACAAUACUCAUCUUGUGGUUUCACCAAUGUAUCAAAUGCUAUUCGUAUAGAAGCAGGUGUCCAAUGGGGUGAAGUAUAUCGAUUGCUGAGUAACUUCAAUUUGGUAGCAAUCGGUGCAGCAUCAGGUACGGUGAGUGCAGUUGGUGGUUACCUCCAAGGCGGUGGCCACAGUCCACUAUCGCGUUGGAAAGGUAUGGCUGCUGAUCAAGUACUUGAAUACGAUGUUGUAAUUGCAGAUGGACAACGUCAAACGAUAAACGCAUGUCAAAAUGGUGAUUUAUUCUGGGCAUUAAGCGGUGGAGGUGGAGGUACUUAUGCAAUUGUACUUUCUGCUGUUGUACGAACUUUUUCAUCGCCGUAUAUAGUUGCUGCAACAUGUUCAGUCAGUGCAUCAAAUCCAGUUCGCUAUGCAAAAUUGAUUGAAAGCUUCAUUGAAAUUUUACCAAUAGUAGCCGAUGCUGGAUGGUCUGGCUAUUUCGAUAUAAUUGAUCUGACACUAAGAUUUUUAGUUCAUGUACCUAAUGGAGAUUGGGCUGCACUCAAUGCUACAUUGGAUCAAUUUGCGGCCAAGAACAGUGAUUUAGAUUUCGCAGCAACCAAUAGUUUUGUUUUCCCAUCAUUUUAUUACUACUUUGCCCUUAUAUUGGAACCAAAUAAUCCGACUGGCUCUGAUUUUCUAGUGGGCUCACGACUUAUUCCAGAAAGUAUAAUACGAAGGAAACCGCAUCAAGUCGCAAAAGUCUUUGUCCAGGCGAAAGGUCAGAGUAAUACUGGAUCGAAUCUUCGUGGAAGUUUUGUAGCCGGUGGACAGGUAUCAAAUAGAACCAACAAAAAUAACAGUGUUAAUCCUGGAUGGCGUACAGCUCUUCUUCAUAUGAUUUGUACUCAAAGUUGGUUAGAUACAACACCCAAAGCUGAGCAAAACUACUUAGCUGCACAAGUCUUACGUCGAACAGCAAUGUUAGACAAAUUAUUGCCUGCUGGUUCACACCCAACCUCCUAUACUAAUGAAGCUGAUCCAAAUGAAGUGAAUUGGCAAGAGAAAUUUUUCGGCUCGAAAGUUAUUUAUAAUCAACUGAAAUGUAUAAAAGAAAAAUACGAUCCAUUCGGACUCUUCGUAUGCACAAAUUGUGUUGGUAGUGAUGAUUGGACAUCCGAUCUCAAUUGUCGUAGACGUCGAAUUCCGAACUAUAGUUCUUUUAUUCAUAGAAAUAUUUGCAACAAUAUCAGAAAACAUCAGUAA